CCGCCGGCGCCGGGGCUGACGCUCUAGCCCGCGUGUCGCGCCGCUCUCGCCUGCCCUGGCGGAGUCACAGGAAUCCGGCUGGUUUGAGUUCCCUGGUGGUGGAGGCCGAGCCGUAGGUGGGAGCGAGGGCUCGGGCGCUCGGCCGCGAGUGGACAUGGAGCGCGCCAGCACCGUCACCAGCUCCAGCUUCCAGUCGGACUUGGACUUCUGUCCCGACUGCGGCUCGGUGCUGCCUCUGCCGGGCGUCCAGGACGCGGUCCUCUGCCCUCGCUGUGGCUUCUCCGUCCACGUGCGGGACUUGGAAGGGAAGCUCGUGAAGACUUCGGUCGUGUUUCAUUCCCUGGGCUCAGCCGUGCCUGGGACGGCGGAGGAAGGACCCGAGUUCCAGGGGCCAGUGGUGGACAGGCGCUGCUCCCGAUGCGGGCACGAGGGGAUGGCCUACCACACCAGGCAGAUGCGCUCGGCCGACGAGGGGCAGACGGUCUUCUACACCUGCACCAAGUGCAGGUUCCAGGAGAAGGAAGAUUCAUGACUUUUUUUCUGGGCAACUCCACAAAUCUCCAGAAGGUGAAGGAUACUGGUUCUCAGAUGCCAUAUCCACUGGACAUUAGCUGCAGUGCUUGGCUUGGUCAUCUUGCGGGGUCACUGUUUCCAGAGUGUUCUACCUCCAAUUGACUUUAAGAUCCCCACAUGUUAUUUAUAAUUUUUCUUAUUCUCAAAGGAAUUUAAAUGUUUAUGGGACUAUAUUUGUAUGAAAAGUUGUCACCCCAAUAAAAGAGUGAAAGAAGGGAGCCAGAAAUGAGGAUAAUAAAGAAGCAGUUCUAAGUAUUCUCCCUCUGUUUGGGUUCCUGAACUCGGGGAAAUAAAAACCAGGUUUUGGCUUGAGAGAUUUAACAGCAA